AAUAAUUGUUUAUACAUUAAAAACUAUUUAUUGCAAAGUUGAAAGUACUAAAAAUGUAUGUAUCCUGCAAACUAGUUUUCAAGUUAUCAUUAUUUACUACGUCCAUUGUUGCAAAUUUUAUUAGUUAGUGAAGUAGGCAAGUUUAUACUUUCAAGAUCCGGGGCUUCAAUAAAUUAUGUAUUUUUAUCUCGCAUUUGUAAACAUUUUUUGGAAGUAGAACUAAAGUAAAAGAUAAGGCGGUCUUAUUUAUUUAAGCUGUAAAUUGCACUCAUUAUCGACACUAAAAUAGAAGAGCAAACAUAUCAAAGGUAUUUGUACUAUAACAUGGGUGUAAUUGUUUAAUAACAAAAGAAUUAUAAUGGAUAAUGUUAAGGAAAUAUCAAUUCCUUCCAGUAGUAGUAACGCCCCUUUAAUACCAAUAACAUUGGAUACUCUACUAAAUCAUCUAGAGAUAUCGGUUUCAGAAUCGGAAAAACGUGCUAAUGGGUCUCUAAAUUUGAGAGACUUUUAUACAGUAUACUUAAUCGAAACCAAACUGACUGAUCCGAAUUGCCAGUACAAGCUAGGCAAACUAACGACAGUAUGGCGACGCUACACGGAAUUCGAACAACUAAGAGAUUACUUAGAAGUUACUUAUCCCUACAUCGUCUUGCCACCACUACCAGAAAAGCGAGUUAUGUUCGGAUGGCAGAAAAUAUCCAAUGACACAUUUGAUCCAAAUUUCAUCGAUCGAAGAAGGGCUGGACUAGAAAAUUUCUUGUUAAGGAUUGCAGCUCACCCGAUACUUACCUGGGAUGCGCAUUUCAUUGAAUUCUUGCAGCACGAGGAAGGUUGGAGAGAAUCGUACAAGUCUAAUGGUUAUUUGCAAUUAGUCGAGAACAAGUUAAAAAGUAUUAGUGUGUCAGUGAGAUUGAAGAAAGCCGACCCUAAAUUUGAGGCCAUUAGAGAUUACGGGGGGACGUUAUAUACGAAUUUGAAUAACUUGCUUAAAGCUCGAUCGAGGGUAGCAGAGAAAGAAUACACUAUCCACAAAUUGCAUGCGAACUAUGGACGCGUUUUCAGCGAGUGGAGCGCUAUUGAAAAGGAAAUGGGUGACGCUUUACAGAAAACUGGGCAUUACUUAGAUUCUCUAGCCUCCAGUAUCGAUGCGAGUCUAGAAGACGAAGAGCUACUAGCAGAUCAGUUAAAGGAAUAUUUGUUCUUCGCACUGUCCCUCCAGAAUAUUUGUAAAAACCACGAAAUGCUUCAAUUACAGCUGGAGGACGCUGAAGAGAUCGUUGCGAAUAAAAACGUCGAAAGAACUAAGGUGCAGCAGGGCAAGACGGGAUUGAUGUCUCGAUUGUUCGGUGCUGUUGAUACCGAUGAGGUGAGGGAGUUCAAAGUGAACUUGUUGGACCAGCAGAUACAGGAGGGUGCCUCGGCUGUUACUGUUACCAAGGGAAGUCUGAGUGACUUUUCGUCGAACGCCUUAACAGAUAUUGAGAGAUUCCAGAACCAGAAAGUCUUGGAUUUAAGGGAUACUCUCGGCAAUUAUACUUACUUACAACUAAAGACUGCUAGAAAGGGUUUACAAACCUGGCUACAGAUUAGGGACUGCUUACAAAAUAUUCCAUAAUGCUAAAAGCAAAAUACUUUUUUUUUUAACUUUUAUACAGGGUGUUCCAGAAAAGUUGGGAGAACUUUGCACCACAUCAAAAUACAAAUAUUUAAACCAACAUUCAAUACAAUUACAAUAUUGCAUUAAUUGAAUUUUUUUGUAUAUGUGAGUGGAUCUAAAUUGCAUUACUUACAUUGGAGAAAUUUGUGACGGAGCAUACUCUCAAUUUUUUUGAACCACCUUAUAUACAUAAUAUAUACUUAUGAGCUUACAAUCUUGCUACUCAAUUUUAAUUUAUUUUUAAUGAAUAUGUUUCAUAUUUAUUUGCAAGGAAAGUAUUCAAAUAUAUUAAAUAUAACAAUACUCUAAAUCAAAAUGCUGCAUAUCUAAACAA